UCGUCCGGCGGGGAGCGAAGAUGGCGAAGACGUACGACUACCUCUUCAAGCUGCUGCUGAUCGGCGACUCGGGCGUGGGCAAGACCUGCCUGCUCUUCCGCUUCAGCGAGGACGCCUUCAACACCACCUUCAUCUCCACCAUCGGAAUUGAUUUUAAAAUCAGAACAAUAGAAUUAGAUGGAAAGAAAAUCAAACUGCAGAUAUGGGAUACUGCAGGUCAGGAAAGAUUUCGCACAAUCACGACUGCGUAUUACAGAGGAGCUAUGGGAAUCAUGCUCGUCUAUGAUAUCACAAAUGAGAAGUCUUUUGACAACAUUAAAAACUGGAUAAGGAACAUAGAAGAGCAUGCUUCUUCAGAUGUAGAAAGAAUGAUCUUGGGUAAUAAAUGUGAUAUGAAUGAUAAAAGACAAGUUUCAAAAGAAAAAGGAGAGAAGCUAGCAAUUGAUUAUGGAAUCAAAUUUCUGGAGACGAGUGCAAAAUCGAGCAUAAACGUGGAAGAGGCUUUCUUCACUCUCGCACGGGAUAUUAUGACAAAACUCAACAGAAAAAUGAAUGACAGCAGUUCGGCGAGUGCCAGUGGGCCAGUGAAAAUAACAGAAAACAGAUCGAAGAAGAGCAGCUUCUUUCGAUGUGCACUGCUUUGAUGAACUCCUAAUAAUAGACUGCAGCAUACCUAGAAAAAAAAACCCUUUCCUGCUUCUCUGAAAGCACAUGCAGCUCGCCCAGCCUCAGAGAUGUUACCACCAGGCCGCUGCUGCUGAGAGCUCUGUUUGGACCUAGAGUGUGCUGAACAAAGAGAGCGGAUCUGCUCACUCGGCUCAUCAUCAACGUGUCGGGCUUCCUCUUCUCAAACGGGGAUGCCACGAAGUGGAGAGACACCCGUGCAGGAGCUACAUCUUGAUUUCCUUCAUCACUUUGUUUCACUGCCUGCUUCAGAAGCUGCUAUAGUUCCUUUUUUAAAAAAACAAACUUUGCACCUCUGUACUAGCCUUUUGUUGCCUGUCAGUGCAGUCUUACACUUAUAUUUGCACAGCUUUUUUGUCCGGCAAGAGAUCUUUAACACAUGUGCAUGCUUCUUUUUGCAGUUUGAAGCUCAGAGGGGCAGACUGAAUCCCACCUAACCAAGGGCAUGGUUCAGUCCACCAUGGGUUGUUGUGUUUGGAGGCAGAAGGUUCCCCCAAGCUGAAUAGAGCCCCGUUUCUCUUUUCUCCCCCUGCCUAUGUAGGUGCACCAGUAUGCUCUGUGAAGGGGCCAUUGGGCUGGUUGGAAGAUCUGCGUGCCCCUCCUCUGUCUUCACCAAGCUCUCCCAUUUGGGUGCAAAUUACUUGUACUUUGGGCAAGUUAUUGGUGUCCAGGUGAGGAGGAAGAAGGGUUUGUUGAGGGCUUAGAAGGUGUACAGAAAUGUCCAAAGCUUUGCUGUAACGAUCCCUCCCUGUGUCUGGUCUUGGAUCCAGUGAAAGUCCUCAGUGCACAGCUCAUGAUUGACUGGAUUUUGCCCUUUCUCAGACACACAGAGAUAGAUGUUGCUACACAAUCUGGUGAUGGAAAGUUUUUAACACCCAAGACACUUAAAAGUUCCCAUUUAGGUUAUGUGUUUGUAUUUAACAAACGCACAGACCUGUUAGUGUAAAAAUAACUUUUUUCUGAAUGUAGGAUGUUGGUUUUCUUUCUCAUCCACCAAGCCCAUAAAGAGUUCAAGGAAUAUACUCUCUUUUUCCUCUUAAUGAGUAAUCAUCUAGAUUGAGCAACCCCCUUUUUUUGAGCCAUGUUUCUCUCUCUUUUUAAAAAGCCUGGGAAGUGAUUUUUUUUUAUGGCACCCACUUGUUUGGUAAGCGCUCUCCCUUUGGACUUCACUGCUGUGUCUUGUGGAUGCUCGCUUGUCCGCUGUGUUAAGGACAGCAGCUGCUGAAGUCUAAAGCUCUCUCGCUUCUUUUCCAACUUGUUGAAUAUAGAUAGAAAAGGCAUACUCAGGGUGUGUGCUUAGCCUCAGCGGUUUUCUGUAAGGACAGUUCUUGGGGAAAGCAUAAUAACCAGCUGUUCAGCUAAUAACCAUUCCUAAUGGGACUGUUCGUCAAGCGGAUGGAUCAAACCUUUAGAGCAGACGGAAGCAGAGUCGCCUUCAUCACUCAGCUGCGAUGCCCGCCUCUCGAACUGAUCGUACUGCUAAUUAAGUUCUGCACAAAAACGCUGAGUGAUACGAAGCAGGUGCUUUAGUUUGAUUUUUGUGCCAAGCCUCCUAACUCUAGGCAACGUCGCAGUUUCUCCUUUGGUAGCAGAGUUACUCCAGUAACUGCUGUUACUUGCUAGCUAGCCAAAUAGGCCAGUGCUGUCUUUUUCAUUUCAGGGUAUAAUUCCAGGUAUAUCGUGCAUCUUUGAAAAUGAGUGGGGCUAGCAGACAGUCCAGAACAUCUUUUUUCUUCCCUCUGUGAGAAAAAACACAUUGCAGUGGAAAUGUGAAAUCCGAAGGUGCGUGUUUUCCUGCCCCUCCCUCACACGUUCUCUGGACCGCAUCUUGGAUUGUAGCCCGUCUGGCUUGCUGGAUAGGAGGGGGCGGGAUGUGUGUGUGGCAGGAUAUCGAACAACAGUGUGCCUGGUCGCUAACCGUCUUGCACUUGGAAAAGGUUAAAGGACAAAAGCUCUUCCCCUCGAAACAAAAGUGCAUUCUUUACAGCAAGUGAGAUUGUACCAAUGACAAAUGGCCGUCUUCUUGUCACCUUGACUUGGUCUUGCCCUUCAACUUGUGCAGGCCCUUGUCUGAAAGCCUAAACUGAGAGGCCCCGUGACUAACUUCUGCAGCUUGCCGUUGCUUAUUUCUGCUCCUUGCUGGCAUUUUCGCAUCUUGGUUCUAUGUACGAGCGUGUCGUCUCCAUGAACUUCCCUCUGAGAGAGCCUGUAACUAGUUGAAUUGAUAUCCAGUGCUUCUUGAAGCAGCAGCAAAUGGAGGUAUCUGCUCCAUUUUAUUAAAAAGAAAUCUUGCUAUUUUCUUACUUCUAACUGUGUUAAAAUGUACAUAAUUUGGGUAAGACCAUAGGAAGUUCACUUGAUGCUUGAUAUAAUGAUGCCACACAGUUAACUUUGCUUCAUAAUGUUAAUGUUGGGGUUUUUUUCCUGUGAAAGGAUCGUCUGUUCCCUGCUGAAGUUUUGAAGAAUAUUUUGUUUCAUGUGAAAAGAACUGCAGUCUUAAGGAAAACAAAAUGCAGCCCGUUUGCCUACAAUAUUAAGCCCCAGGGGCUGCCCUUUUCUUAACAGUUGAUUCUGGCCUCCCCCCGCUCCCAACCAAUAGUCUGCCUUGUCAAGCUGCAAUGUAAACCCCCUGAUUGUAUUGAGUCUUCACUUCAGGUGCUUUUUUUUCAGAGUGCUUGAGGAGCAGAGACGUAUGGCAUGGCCUGUCUUUGCGCCGGUUGCUUGAUGCAGGCCUCUCUUACACCUGAACAAGUCUGGUGUGUCGUCGUAGGUCUGUGGAAGAGUUAUCUUCCUGUCCAGGCUUUUGAAAAACAAAGUUGAUAUCAUUGAACUAAUGGGUCAGAUUGUUUGGGCUACUUGACCCUUCUGCAUUCUCUGGGAGAUUCAACAAGGGGCAAGCCUUCUUUUCUUUUUUAAGGAAGAGAGCCUCCCUUCUCUGCUUCUUUUGCUUCCCCGAGUUUCUGCAGUUUUGCUAGACCCAUGAAAUGAGAAGAUGCCAGCUGGAAACAUGCUGUAGCUAGACCUUUCCUCCCAUUGUCUCAUUCAGUUGGCUUUUUAUAGCUGGAUGAUGCUUUGGUUUUCAGUUUACACAUUUAGUUAUAAAUUUGGAUUUCUUCGAUGUGUAUGAAAGACAAAUCUCUACUGGACUUGACACUCUUUCUGUACAGUACUUGUAUAAUGCUUGUCAGCUUUUUUUGAGAAGUGUGGUGUGUUUUUUUUAAACAAAUGAGGUAUUUACCUGUCCCAAGUAUAUUUUCACUUCUCACUUUCAGAUUUGUUGUGAAUGAAGUCCAUUACUUCUGUGAGCCAAAAUGGAUGCACAAUGAGAUUUUGUUGUGUCAACACUUUGGUGGUUAACAGCUUGAAAGGAUUCUGGUGGAUCAGAUGUGCAAAUGUUUUGGGGAUGACAGGAAUGGCCGGAUUAGAAUGAGGAAAAUGUUUGUAAGACUGAAGAUUAAGAAACGGCUAGUGCUCAGUUUGCUGCAUUCCCAGCCUCAUACUUGAUAUUUGAACGUUUUCAUAUAUAACCUUUUUUCCUCCAGGUUCUAGGGAAUUUUUAGUGCGUUCCUAUGGCCUUACAAGUAUUUUUUCUGCGCAAAUAAUACUUUCCUGGCUUAUCAUAAUGCAAUAUACUUAAUUUGGAGAGAUCCUUGAAAUAGCCCAGUUUUACAUGCAAUUGUUCUGCCACGUUUUCACUGCUCCAGAAGCAAAUGGUGGAGGAGCUCCUGCAGAUAAUGUGGACUUUUCAUCUGGUUAACUUGUAGACCUAAUCAUUAACUGUGUACUGAUCCUGUGUAAAAAGAAAAAAAAGAGGGAGGGCAGGGUGGGGGGGGGCGUUAUUUCAAGUGAACUCUUUUA